AUGGUCUCCCCAUUCCUGUCCUCACCUUCAGGCUCACCCACCAACCACACCGGCUCGGGGUCGAACUCUUCCACCUCGACUUCCUCGGUGUAUUCGUCGGCCAGGACAGUCAAGCCUCCGCCGAUAUCCAUCAGCCCCAGUCUGCGCAGGGUGUCCACCCAGGGCCAGCCGAGCAUCUCCACGAUCCUCAACCCGGACGCGGACUCGAACUCGGCCGGCAGACGGCUGGAGCUUGAGGAGAAAUCCGACUGGGACUCCCGCACCGGCAGGUCCGAUGGCCUCGCCAUGAGACUCAACAGGAACUCGGCCGGGUUGCCCUUACUUCGUGACGUCGGACGCGAUCGUUGGGGGAACCGAUGGGGCAUCGAGAAUCAUGUUCUAAGCCCAGUGAUUAGUGAACUCACCGAACCCACCCACACCUCAGUCUCAUCCCCAAUCUCAACCGGAUCGUUCUCGACUAACUUCAGCCUAUCUUCAACCUGUCCAUUCCUGCCAGAGCAACAGCCAGAUCAUUCAUCCUCUGUCAUGCCUGGAGACUAUCCAACAACCGAACCAUCACCCAAUCUCCAUCAGCUCAGCAGCCUCUCCCCAUCAAACCGGACUACCACCUCCUAUUCGAUCACCUCCACUCGAUCGCACCAAUCUCCAACUCAGCUCACUCAUCUCUCAGGAUCGACUGCCUAUCAAUCCACCCGAUCUCGCACCGACAGUCUGCCCUCCCAAUCGAUCACAACCAAUCCGAGCCCAAACCAGCCAUCAUUCGUCUCUGCAAAAGAUCACCAAGAUCCAUCUCCCUCAUCCAACCGAUUCCGAUCAUCCUCUGUGAUAUCCAAAACCGAAUCUAACCCCCAUUCACCACCGACUCACCAUCAGCAUGCUAUCAGCUUACUCAAACGCAAAAAAAUCAAAACUCACAUCACCAACCGUCAAAGAGAUGUGGACGUCGCCAAUCGACAGAUCAACAAGAGAAUCGAAAAGGAGAGAAGAGACCAAAUGAUCAGGUCACGAGACGAGAUAGUCGCGCAGCUGAUGGAUAAUCCAAAUGAUGCCAAACUCGUCAGAGAUCUUGGGAAGCUAUACUUGAGAUUCAAUGAACCUAGCCAGAAUGACAAGCAGAGCCACACUGCUCGCAGGAUCGGUCAUGCUAGCGCGGCGCCAAGAAGCGAACCCAGCUUGAAAUUAGCGAUUCAUUAUCUAGAGCAAAGCAUUCAGAUUGACAAUCGGGAUCCACUUACCUGGCUUUUUCUAGGAAGGGCGUGGUCAUUAUUGCUUGCAUAUCCAACUGAGCACGAAAGCGAGCGAGAACAAAGGCUAUCGAAUUCCUCCCUCGCCUUCAGAAAGGCGAUCCACAUCUCAUCCAAUCUGACAGCCCCAAGUCUCCAAACCAUUCGACAGACGAACCGAUUCAGAUUGGCUUACGCCGAACACUUGGAAGGACUGCGCCAGUACAAAGAAGCGGCAAGCGUGCUACAGGAUGCAUUAGGGACCGAUGAAACGGAUGUAGAGUCGUGGUGGGAGUUGGGUCGGAUGAUGGAACUGUGGGCGCUCGAUGAGGAACCGCAGUCCCCCACCACCAAGCAGGAAAGAGUCGAGAGGAUGCGCCAUGGCUGCGAGGCUUUUAAGAAAGCCACUGAGCUCGAGCCCGAUGACGUGAUGCUCCGGCAGGGCUGUCUCGAUGGCGAAAAGGCUUUGCAGAAGUUGAUGGCUGAAUUGCAAGCGGAGGAGGAAAAGUCGUUGAGGGCGGAGGAAGACGUCAAACUAGCGGCUGAGAGAAUGAGAGCCCUAAAUCUCUCUCCUGUUACCAACAAGCCAGCCACCACGCACACCUCAUCCGUUUCGGCGCUCAGGAAGUUGGUCUCGGAGUUGCGAGAGAUCCCCGAGUUUGGCAAGAAGGCCCAGCGCGCUCCAUCGCCCGACCCGACUGCCCUCUCGCCGGCCGUUGAAGAUCAGAAAAAGCCUGAGGCCGAGCAGCCGCCCGCCACCCGGACCGAGGAUCCGAUCUGCACCACCCUGGUCGAGUCCGUUGUUUCAAGUUCGCCCGCUCCGUCAACCGCUGCUAACCGCACUCGAGCGCCGACUACCGGGGAAGUCGACGAGUCGCCUGUCACCCGAACAACUCCUUUGCCGCAUGCGAUACAAGAAAACUUAAAGGCGCCGGAGCCCGGCCAACCAUUGCCGCCGAUCUCCAUGCCGCUGCCGCCCCAAGAUCCGGCAGGUGACGCGGAUCAAACAGGCACGACAGGGGCGCGCUUAUCGUCCCCCGAAGACCAGUCAGCACCGAGCACCCAAUCGCAAGACGAUGUGAAGAUGAUGCUGAUGAAUAUACGCACCGGGUCGAUCGAGCCCCCGCUCAGCUUCGUCCAUCCUGGGGACGACCACCCCUCUUCGCCAGCAGCUGGGCACCCUGGCCCCGGGUCGCCGCGGUACGCUUACCAGCCGCCCUCGCCCAGUGCCCUCCCCACGUCCAUCAUGCAGGCCUUGGCCGCCCGGCUAGGCACGCCCAAGACCGCCUCUUCCCCCCGAAGCGUCGCCAGCAGCUCCUCCAGAUCGGCUAGCAACGGCAGCCAGAAAGCCCGCGAAUGGCACCUCCGCAAGACCGGCUCGGGCAGCGCCCCUAGUGGCCCCCUUUCGCCCCCACCCACCUGUCCUUCUCCUAGCCACUUCCUCGCUCGUGACCGGUCGGACAAUCAACCGACUGACGGACACCCUCGUCCAUCGGAAAACCCCGCCGGCUCCCAUCCGCCCUCUUCUCACCACGACCUUCCCUCGGACCGUUUCUAUCCCACUCCGCCCCAUGUCUCUGUCCUCAAAAACCCGCCGCCCGGUAGCGGCCACGUUGUUCUGUCUCCUUUGAGCAAGGAGGUGACGCUCGCGCCCGGCCCGGGAGCCUCGCCCCCGCCCCCCGAUAUCCCCCCUCGUCCACCGAGCCUGUGCGGCCACCCGAGACCGCCGUAUGGCCCUCCUCCCCAUCCGGCUUCGUCGGCCGCGUGUCAUCAGUCGGGAUCUCCUUUUGGAGAGUUUCGGGGUCGGCCGGUAUGCCUUUCUCCUCACCAAGACCGCACAAGCCUUGGUCAACACGUUGACGAACACAUCCGCCGGCCGAGCUCGUGCUGCCUAUCUCCCCAACCGCCCGCCCCACAUUUCUCGACUCACAUGCACCCUCUCCCGCCAGCGAUUCCUACUACUACUGCCAAUCCUCGGGUCGCGUCGCCCCCCGUCGGCCCUCUCCAAGACGGCUUUGCCGGACAGCAGGAGUUUACGCCGAGCUAUAACUACGCUUUGAUCGAUGCGCAUCUGCAAUCGAUUUUGGAUAUCGAUAUUAAGCGGAAACAGGAGUUGAAGGAGAUCAGGAAGCAGAUCCGGAAGACUGAUGAAUGGGCCGAGAGUCGCCGGCGGUCAGUGAUUGAGGAACUGCGCAGGGUGUGCACGCCGGUCAACAUUCAGAGUAACGUCCAGCGUACCCCCUAUGCGGGGAGUAGUAGUCUCAGUCGGAGUAUCAGUCGCGGACCGCGACCGGAAGAGAGCAGCGCUGAUGAUGGCCAGCCGAAGGAGAAUGAGAGUACUGGGGGUGGUGGUUCGAAGCAGAGUACUGGCCAUUAUUCUACCGGCCCGGGAGAGCCUGCGAUUAGGAAGCCCCACAAGAGCGCCCUCAGGACAUCUGCUCCCGUCGGCCCUCCCAAGAGAAGCUCGUCCACCCCGCCCGAAUCAAGCCACUACCCCCACGCCCACCAACACGGGAUGUGUCAGCAGGACCACGCCCAGCCUCGCCAUCAGCCGCUCGUCUAUUCCGAGGAGCCGCCCCCGCUUGCACCUCUCCAUCACGACGCCGCCAAGCACCGCGCACUGUACUCCGCCUCCGUCCGCCCGUUCCACCCCCCGCAACUCGCCGUCGAGCAAGUCUCCACUGAGCUCGAUAAACUCGGCCCCGCCGGAUUCGCAAUCAACGGGAUCACGUCGAUUAUUCAGUUGUUGCACCAGCAUCAGUCCCAGCAGCUUCGGCAGCCGUGA